AUGCAGCUCCGGCCAGGAGCCUUGACGCUGCGCAACAGCCACCAGGCGUCACGGUCUCUCCUCAUCUCUACAUGUGCUAUUCGGCCGAGAUGCAGCCCAGCAGUCGAUCCGAGGUUUCCGUCGCACUUUGCAUCAUACCACAACACCCCGAGGAGGUCAUCAGCAUGGGGCGCUGCUGUCCAGGUCGCCGGACACAUGGCUUCCAACGCCAUCAACCGUGUCACAAAGGGUGACAUGCACAUCGACCCCCUGCGGACAGUAGCCAAGGAAAUGAAGUUCUUGACCGGCAACAUUCGGAAUCUCCUCGGCUCAGGCCAUCCCGCGUUGGAAAAGGUUGCGAAAUACUACACACAUGCCGAGGGCAAGCACAUCCGGCCGCUGGUGGUGCUGCUGAUGGCACGGGCGACAGCUCUCUGCCCCAAGGCAGAACGACGAGCGCCGACGCAGACGUAUGCGGGCAUCAACUCGCCCAUCUCCCCUGACGGUAUCCUCUCCGACGUGAACCCGACUUCGCCCUUUACCGGCCCGCCGCUGGACCCUCAGCAAUCCAACUCGGACAUUCUGCCGUCGCAGCGCCGGCUUGCCGAGAUUACGGAGCUCAUCCACACGUCGUCCCUCCUGCACGACGACGUGAUCGACCACUCCGUGUCACGCCGCGGGUCCCCCUCCGCCAACCUCGAGUUCAGCAAUAAAAUGGCCGUCUUGGCAGGCGACUUUCUCCUCGGCCGUGCGUCCGUCGCUCUCGCCCGCCUGCGCGACGCCGAGGUCAUCGAGCUCCUGGCCACCGUCAUCGCGAACCUCGUCGAGGGCGAGUUCAUGCAGCUGAAGAACACGGCGCAGGACGAGCGCAACCCGGCCUGGUCGCAGGAGGCCGUCGACUACUACCUGCGCAAGACGUACCUCAAGACGGCGAGCUUGAUCUCCAAGUCGUGCCGCGCGUCGGCUCUCCUCGGCAACGCCGAUGCGGCGACUGUCGAGGCGGCCUACGCCUACGGCAAGAACCUGGGCCUGGCGUUCCAGCUCGUCGACGACAUGCUCGACUACACGAGGAGCGAGAAGGAUCUCGGCAAGCCGGCGGGCGCGGAUCUGGAGCUCGGCCUCGCGACGGCGCCGCUGCUGUACGCGUGGAAGGCGAAUCCGGAGUUGGGCGCGCUGGUUGGGCGCAAGUUUGAGGGGGAGGGCGAUGUUGCGAGGGCCCGCGAGCUGGUGCUGCAGAGCAACGGCAUUGAGCAGACGCGCGGCUCUCGCGCAAGAGUAAGCUUGGGCCCGGCGGCCGACAGGUGUUUGGCCGGGUACCCAGGAGGGGCGGGGCAGAAACGCACGCUGCGCGAUGAGGGACGGGCCAAAGCUUGUCACAGCGAUGGGAGGGGACCCUGA